AUGACCUCGCUUCCGGCCAACUGCCGCCAGCGAGCUAGCGAUUCAGUGCUGCCGGUGGACAUGGUCCUGCAAUGUAGCUAUUUGUGCAGAGUCCACCGGGCACCAGUUGUGCAUAUCGAAAACCAACACGAAUGGCUCGCUGCUUUCUUGCUCUUUGCAAUAACCAACAAGCUUGUCCUCAACCGAAACGCAUAA